ACACGUCAGAACGUGACGUGACCCUGCGAAUCGGGGCAUCUGCUCCAUUCUUAUUCCGACGCUGACACAACCUGACCGAGUAGUCGCCUGCCAAAGCUUGUCGAGAAUAGGCCUGAUCUGGUCCGUUCCGAGUAAUCAAUUAAUAAAUGGACAACAAGACAUUGGCCACUCCCAUUACCGGGCCCAUGCGCCUGGCACUGCUGGACAGGUCGAAUCCCGUGUUCUCCUGCUACCUGGUCUGGAUGAGUUUGCUGGUGCUGAAAAUGCUGUGCAUGUCGCUGCUCACAGCCCGCCAGCGGAUGAGGACCAAGACCUUUGCUAAUCCCGAGGAUCUUCGCCUCCCCAAGCUCAGCGAGGUGCGAUUCGGAGAUGCCCAUGUCGAGCGAGUGCGUCGUGCUCAUCGGAACGAUCUGGAGAAUGUGCUGCCGUUUAUGUUAAUGUCCCUGGCCUAUGUGGCCACUGGGCCGCAUCCGAUGGUUGCACGGCUGGUCAUACGCAUCGGGGCAAGUGCCAGAGUGCUGCAUACCAUGGUCUACGCUUUCGUCCCGGUGCCCCAGCCGGCCCGGGCCCUAGCAUUCUUCACCACCUUUUUAAUCACCUGCUUUGAGGCGAUCUAUGUGCUCGUCUGCUGUAUCAAGUAUAUCUAGACGCAAAUAGCCCGACGGGCCAUUAA